UUUUUUUAUUCUUUUCUUUCACUUUAUUUACUGUUGAUCGAUUUCCUUUCAACGACUCACCUUCAUAUAAACUAUAACAAAUACAAAUACAAUGCCACCUAAAGCUGACUGGGAAAAAUACGAUAAGCCUAUCGAAGACAACGAAAAGGAUGAAAAAAUUGUUGCUUUAGAUGAAGGCGAUAUCAAACUACUCAAAACAUAUGGGCAAGGACCUUACGCCAAAGAACUCAAACUUUUAGAACAAGACAUUAAAGAUACUCAAAAACGUGUCAACGAAAAGAUUGGUGUUAAGGAAUCUGAUACUGGUUUGGCUGCACCUAAUCUUUGGGAUAUUCCAGCAGAUAAACAACGAAUGCAAGAAGAACAACCAUUGCAGGUGGCUCGUUGUACUAAAAUCAUUCAAGGUGGUGACAACGAAGAUGCAAAGUAUAUUAUCAACGUUAAACAAAUCGCAAAAUUUGUGGUGGAAUUAGUACGACAUGUAUCUCCUACUGAUAUUGAAGAAGGCAUGCGUGUUGGUGUGGAUCGUACAAAAUAUCAAAUUCAAGUCCCUUUACCUCCCAAGAUCGAUCCUUCUGUGACUAUGAUGCAAGUGGAAGAAAAACCGGAUGUGACAUAUAGCGAUGUAGGUGGUUGCAAAGAACAAAUUGAACGAUUACGUGAAGUAGUAGAAUUACCAUUGUUACAACCUGAACGCUUUGUGAACCUUGGUAUUGAUCCUCCAAAAGGUGUAUUGCUCUAUGGUCCUCCUGGUACAGGCAAAACUCUAUGUGCAAGAGCCGUGGCCAAUCGGACAGAUGCUACUUUUAUUCGGGUAAUUGGUUCAGAAUUGGUACAAAAAUAUGUAGGUGAAGGUGCUCGUAUGGUUCGGGAACUCUUUGAAAUGGCUCGUACAAAGAAGGCUUGUAUCAUCUUCUUUGAUGAAGUGGACGCUAUUGGUGGUGCUCGAUUUGACGAUGGUGCUGGUGGUGAUAAUGAAGUACAACGUACCAUGUUGGAAUUGAUUAAUCAAUUGGAUGGUUUUGAUCCUCGUGGUAAUAUCAAGGUACUAAUGGCUACUAAUCGACCCGAUACUUUGGAUCCUGCUUUAUUACGACCUGGUCGUUUAGAUCGUCGUGUAGAGUUUGGUCUACCUGAUUUGGAGGGUCGUGCACAUAUUCUCAAGAUUCAUGCAAAGAGUAUGAGCGUGGAACGUGAUAUCCGUUAUGAAUUGAUUGCAAGAUUGUGUCCCAAUGCUACUGGUGCCGAAUUACGAAGUGUUUGUACGGAAGCUGGUAUGUUUGCCAUUCGUGCUAGAAGAAAGGUUGCUAGUGAAAAAGACUUUUUGGAAUCUGUCAACAAAGUCAUCAAGGGAUACCAGAAAUUCUCCAGUACUCCAAAGUAUCUCAUGUGGAAUUAGUUUUAGUUUUUCUUUUAUUAUAUAUACAUACAUCUUUUUUGUUUUUUUUUUCUUUGUGAUAUACAUCCAGAAUAAAAUAGUUUUCCUUUUUCACUCU